GGAGAAAGCAUUGUAUGAACACGGCGUGGAGCUCCGCACAGUUCAUAAGAACUUGACUGACCUCUCCAUCGUAUUGUCUGGAUCAUCCAGCUUGAUUUAGGUGCAAACGGAACAUUUUAACCUCACUUAAGAAACAGAUUAAGCCAGAGGCACAGGUGGUCUGUCACAGCAAAUACAGAACCACAGGUCCCUCACAGAUCUAUAGAAUACAUACCAGCUCCUGUCAGUGAUGUUUGCACUGUAUUAACAUCACCUGAAGACUUUUUUCCCUUUUUUAAAUCUGCAGAGCUCAUCUGGCACCAAGCAAGCUCACCAUAUCUGCAUAAGGCGUUGAACAAGGAGUGAAAAUGCCGGUUGCCCUCGGCGGUCCUGUCGGCUACACACCACCUGAGGGUGGUUGGGGAUGGAUGGUGGUGAUUGGUGCUAUCAUCUCCAUUGGUUUCUCUUAUGCGUUCCCCAAGUCUAUCACCGUUUUCUUCAAGGAAAUCGAGGUGAUCUUUGAUGUGACCAGCAGCCAAGUGUCAUGGAUCUCUUCCAUCAUGUUAGCAGUUAUGUAUGGCGGAGGUCCAAUCAGCAGCAUCCUGGUGAAUAAAUAUGGGAGUCGCCCUGUGAUGAUGCUCGGAGGAUGCUUAGCUGGAGUUGGCCUUGUUUCUGCCUCUUUCUGCAAUUCGGUUGAAGCUCUGUACUUCUGCAUUGGUGUGGUAGGAGGUUUGGGUUUGUCCUUCAAUCUUAACCCAGCCCUCACUAUGAUUGGAAAGUACUUCUACAAGAGGCGGCCCAUUGCUAAUGGAAUUGCUAUGGCUGGCAGCCCCAUAGUUCUCUCCACGAUGGCUCCUAUAAACACCUGGUUCUUUGACAAGUUUGGCUGGAGAGGAAGCUUCCUGAUUCUUGGGGGGGUGCUCCUCAAUUGCUGUGUUGCUGGUUCGCUCAUGCGACCUAUAGGACCAAAGCCCAAACCUGCAGAGAAAUCUACAGAGAGGAGAACUGUAAUGCAGGUCAUUAACAGCUUCAUUGACCUCUCUUUAUUCAAACACCGUGGAUUUUUGCUAUAUAUUAUGGGCAAUAUUGUCAUGUUUUUUGGCCUCUUUGCACCACUGGUGUUCCUUAGCAAUUAUGCAAAGAGUAUACACAUCCCUAAAGAAAAGGCAGCUUUCUUACUCUCCGUGCUGGCUAUUGUUGACAUGUUUGCCCGGCCGGCAAUGGGCAUUGUGGCCAAUACUAAGCUGAUCCGACCCAGAGUACAGUACUUUUUUGCUGCCUCUGUUCUGUUCAAUGGUGUGUGCCAUGUUCUAGCCCCUGUGUCAGUAGAUUACACUGGCUUUGUGGUUUAUUCCAUCUUCUUUGGCUUUGCUUUUGGCUGGCUGAGUUCAGUGCUGUUUGAGACCUUGAUGGAUCUGGUGGGAGCUGAACGCUUCUCCAGUGCUGUGGGUCUGGUCACUAUUGUAGAGUGUGGUCCUGUCUUAUUAGGGCCCCCUAUGCUUGGGAAGUUCAAAGACAUCUACCAUGACUACAAGUACACAUACCAAAGCUGUGGGAUCCUUCUCAUCAUUUCCAGUGUCUUCCUGUUUGUAGGAAUGGGAGUGAACUACCGUCUUUUGGAUAAAGAGAAAAAAGAGGAGGAGAGGAAGGCCAGGGUGGGAGGCAGAGACCAAAGAGCCAGCAGGGACAAGGCUGCCAAGGAUGUGACAGAAGCUAAAAACACAGAAAAUGCUGUCUAAUUUUAACUUCUCAUAUACAGAGGUUUUUUGUGUUAUAAUAAACAUGGUAACAUGGAUAUUAUGUGUCCUUUUACUAUCUACAAAUUAAUGCUUCAUAACUUGCUUGGACUAAAAUCAUGUCUUUAGCACCACCCUUAACACUAUGUUUGGGACAAUGAUUUGUUUUUGUUGUUGUUGUUGUUGUUUGUUUUUGACACCACCAUUAAUGGACAUCACGUUGCUUUGCAUUUACUAAUUGCAGGUCUCUUCCAUUGACAUUUAAGAUGUGAGAAUAAAACAUAUUUUUCUCAAUAUUCUGGUUUUAUUAUAUUUGACAUAGUGUUGUAACAGUUCUGUUUUGUUGUAAACUAAUAUUUUAUAAUCUAUUUUGGUGUAAAGAA